AUGUCAGCUUCAGCUGCUCCUCUGCUAAACGGCACCCUGCAUCCGACUGUGCAGCCCUUCAAUGAAGCCUCGGAAUAUGAGAAGAUACUUAGGAUACGCGAUGAGGUCUUUUCGGGAAACCAUGCACGACUCACAGUGCCUGCCCAUGCUCUCCGCAUCGCUUCUUCUCAGACACCCUUGGCCGUGUCCCAAUCCCGCUUCAACGUUCCUCCUCCCAUCCUCCCAAGUGCUUCGCCAGAUCGCGGUGCAGUUGCACAUUUGAGGCGUGAAGAAGAUUCUACGCAAACACAGACAAAAGCAGAUGGUGCCCCUGUCUCCUCCAGCCAACCCGCCAGUAAUGUUUCUGAGUUUGAUCCUGUCCUUUUGACAAAGUCAGAUGAUUUAGUUCGGGCCGAAUUCCAGCUGAAGCGACAGAGACUUGAAAAGGCGUUGAGAGAUCAGUUCGAGCACAAGAGACAGGAUGCCCGGAAAAAGCCUGCGCCCUCAGAGGCCAAGCCCGACUUUGAUCUCCCUGCCAUUCUUGCCAAAGUGUUGGAUGCCACCAAACCUCCUUCUUCCAAGGAGGAUGCUGAUGGCAGCGACUCUGUCGACGCGAAUUCUUUUUAUUCCAGCCGGGCUCCCGACUCAACACCCGAGAAUGGACCUCAAAGCUCGUCUGCCGAAGAUGGUGAAGAGGUAGAAGCUUAUGAGCCUCCCGGCCCGCCUGUUGUGAGUGCCGUCAUGGGCUCACCUUUGCAGCAGGCUCCUGAGAAUGCGGUCUCUACUAACAAUGCCACCUUUGCACUUGCUGCCGCGACGUCGUCGAAGCCCCACCCUCACACCCAACCCGCCACCAUCGACCUUGAUGACGAGGAGGAGGAAGGGGAGUACUCGCCUCCGGAGGCAACGGCGCAAUAUCCCACACCCAGUGUUGCCCAAUCUCAAGUCAUGCAAGGCAACCUAGACCCACGGAACCGGCCCCUACGCAGGUAUUCGGAAUUAGACGGCAGUUGGAAGAGACCCAUCUCACCAUCGGAGGCCAACAUGCGGAUUGUAAGGAAUCAAAUAACCUCCCCCUUUGCCCCUGUACCGUCGCGUGUCUCUCCUUUGGCUGUAGCUAAGGAUGCACCUUUCUCGCAGAAUGGUCGUCAACGACGAUCCCCCCGCAACGGCAGGGCAGGGUCUCCCACCAGUCCCGACGAUUCUCAACAACCGCACCCUAAGAAGAAGAGAAAGCUUGAAAAGCGGAACGAGAAGAAGGCUAGGCGAAACGGCAGAGUCUCCCCGGAUACUUUCCUCAAAGAAGAACAGGUUUCCCCUCCACCUUUCCACGACGUACAACCGCUUGGCUCAGCCGGACGACCAAUGGGUAGUGCUGAGCAACCUAUCUCACUGGACGAAGAGCCCAUGCAAGACGUCCGAUACAUGCCAGCUCCUGACCGGUAUGUGGAUUCUCCUUCACGGCCGCUUCCACGCCAUGUUGAACAGUUGAUGCCUCUGAGCGAGCCUCGCGCAGUUUCGAGGGUCGGCUUGAGGCCCAUGAGAGACGAAUCAGACUUGCGUCGAGUAGCGAGCAUGCACAACAUGCGGGCCGAAGGCGUCCGAGAGUAUGCCGACUCCUAUUACGAUACGCCUACCAGGGCCAGAGCGACAUCCUACGCGAGAACUGGCAGCCCAGCAAUACGAGAAGCGUCUCGGCUCGUGCCCAUGGAAUAUGCGCAGUCUCCCCAGGAGGUGCGAGUCAUGCGUUCACCGGCUCCGGUUUACCGUGAAAUAUAUGAGGAAGGGGAGCCUACGAUACGCUAUGCUGCCGAACCCAUGCCGCCACCUCCGGUCGAGAGGAUCGUGGUCGACCAAUAUGGCAGAAGAUUCCGCGAAGUAAUCCAGGAAAGGCCCUCGGUCGCUCCUAGGGCUACACCGGUUCGGAGGACAGAGGCGGACCCUGGCUACGAUCAUUACCGCACCGCCCGCGCAGGCUCAGUGUUCAUUGAACCUCCACCAGAGCGAACCUACACAUCCGAGAUGCCUCCGCCAUCCGUCGUCUACCGCCGGCCAAUGGAAGUUUCGCGUGCCUCGGUUGUUCCCGGGGCCGUCUCCCGAGAGUAUGCGGAGCCAGGUCCCUUACCACGAAGCUCCAGUGUACAGAUCGACCGAACCAUGCGAUCCGCUAUCUACCCAGACGAGCAGUCCGAUUUUCGCGACCCUCUCAGAAUGGGCAGCGUACGACCCCCAGCAAUGCGGUAUGAAGAGUCUCAACCGAUGGAGAUGAUGUCGCGGGCUCAGAGUGUUCGACCUGUGAUGCGCGAACGAAGUGUCUUUGUAGAGGGCAGGCCAUCCGUCGGCCACAGAUACGUCCCUGCUGAAGAACCCCGAUACCGUGUGGUGGAGCCUCACAUGAGAUAUUUGGAUGCGCCGGACAGAGAAAUGGAACCUAUGGAUGACUCGAUGGUGGGAGAGCGGAGAAUUGUGGAGAGAUACUGA